UACAGGACUCCUCCUCUGAUUGACCAUGGCUAGCGUAAAGGCAACGGGCAUGAUGAUGCGGGUUGCGGGCCGAACAGUCCGACCGUCGACGACGGCGGCCCUCGCCAGCGCGCAGACCCGUGGGAUCGCGAGGACAGCAACGGCUCUGAGCGCCAAGAAGAUUGCGGUCAAGAACCCGGUGGUCGACCUCGACGGGGAUGAGAUGACCCGUAUCAUCUGGGACCACAUCAAGAGCAAGCUCAUCCUGCCGUACGUGGACCUGGACAUCGAGUACUUCGACCUGGGAUUGCCCAGCCGUGAUGCCACCGACGACCAGAUCACCAUCGACGCCGCGCACGCCAUCUUGGAACACAACGUCGGCAUCAAGUGCGCGACUAUCACCCCCGACGAGCAGCGAAUGGACGAAUUCAAGCUGAAGAAGAUGUGGAAGUCUCCCAACGGAACGAUCCGCAAUAUCCUGAAGGGAACCGUCUUCCGCGAGCCCAUCGUCAUCUCCAACAUCCCCCGCAUCGUACCCGGGUGGACCAAGCCCAUCGUCGUGGGCAGGCACGCCUUCGGUGACCAGUACAAGGCCACCGACUUCAUGGCCAACGGCCCGGGGAAGUUCGAGAUGUCCUUCAAGCCGGCGGACGGGGGGGAGACGCAAUCGUGGGAGGUGUACGACUUCGAGGGAGCCGGUGUUGGAAUGGCGAUGUACAACACGGAUGAGUCGAUCCGAGCAUUCGCGCGGUCUUGCAUGAACUACUCGCUCAGCAAGGGGUGGGAUCUGUUCCUGUCCACGAAGAACACUAUCCUCAAGGUGUACGACGGUCGGUUCAAGGACAUCUUCCAAGAGAUAUACGAAGAUGAGUACCAGGAGCAGUUCGAGGCGCGAGGUAUCACCUACACGCACCGCCUCAUCGACGACAUGGUGGCACAGUCGCUCAAGUCGGCCGGCGGGUUCGUGUGGGCGUGCAAGAACUACGACGGGGACGUGCAGUCGGACAUCGUGGCGCAGGGGUACGGGUCUUUGGGUCUCAUGACCAGCGUGCUGCUCGCACCGGAUGGCAGAACUGUUGAGUCGGAGGCCGCCCACGGGACUGUCACACGGCACUGGCGCGAGUACCAGAAGGGAAACAAGACGUCGACCAACCCGAUCGCCUCCAUCUUCGCGUGGACGCGUGGUCUGCAGCACCGCGCCAAGCUUGACGACAACAAGCCACUCAGGGUGUUCACCAACAACUUGGAGAAGGCCGUGAUCGAGACGGUAGAGGCGGGGCACAUGACGAAGGAUCUGGCGAUCUGCGUGCACGGGUGGAACGUCACCGAGGACCAGUACCUCAUGACGGAGGCGUUUAUGGAUGAGAUCAAGAACACGUACGAUGCCAAGUACGCGCCGAAAUGAGAGAGCAACUCAGACGACGGGUACGUGUGGUUUGACCGACCCAGGCAUACACUCAACGAGAACUUGAGAGGGUUCUGUUGGCACAUCCUCGUUGACGAAAGGAGAGGCGGAAGAAGAGUUUUUGGCUUUCCUUGGUUUUGUUUGCCGGACGCCUGGGCGAGGCUCGGUUUUUGUUGUUUUGGCGCUUGUAGCAUACACGAGUUUUGUGCCGGAGGCGCGCGCGCUCGCGGCAACUAGGCCAUGCUGUACGCAGGCAAAAUCGGGGUGAGGGCGUCCCUUAAUUUGAUGCCGCCCCCGCUCUUAGGAAAAAUGCCAACAGACCUGGCCAUAGCAAAAUGGGACCCCCCCCCCCCUGGCACACAGUAACAGUGGUGGGUUUUUGAGACCGUUGUCGUUCCUGCUAGCGCAGUUGCAUAUUCUAGAGUGAGAAGGGUUUUAUGCUGCUUAUCGCCAAGACGUGCGCGUGCGAACGGUCUACUGCGCUAUAAUUUUGUCGCGGAUUCCAAAACGCGAUACUCUGGUGGUUGUAUAGGAUAGGAGACGCUUUUGCGCCUUUCAAGGCUGAGGUGCAGGGGGUGGGGGUGGGUACAAUGAUGCCGGCUUCUCCUCGGCAAGUAGGGUAUUUUUGUACUUUUGUGUGGAACAGCCAUGCCGGCGGGGGGAAGGGGGGGUGUAAUUGCCUGACGAUUUUGGGAGAGUAAACAAGACACAGAAAAUAUGAGGUUUUACUGUUUG